AUGGACGGCGAGCGGGAGACAAACGCGACCCCAACGCCCUUCUUCCAGGGCAUCUCUGACAAACUGGAGUCUCAGCAGCAGCAGCAGCGACAGCCCUUGUCGUCCAGCCGGCUCACUGUCACCUCCAGCAACGGCGUCCAUGUGAUGUCGGCGAAUCACUACCGCCGCGGCGGCGCAGGAGGAGGCGCCACCCCACCCUCCUCGACGACGACCACCCCCACCUCUACCGUGAUGCCGGUAAGCACACUGAUUACGCAGGUGUCACAGCACGUGCCGCCCAGCUCCCAGCAGCAGCGGAAUGUUGGGCACGGUGGUGGCUAUGGUGAUAGCAGUGGCAUGGAUGGAAGCGGCAAUGCACACGCUGGCCCCCGGGUCGCCGGUGGUAGUACAAGCGUCACUACCGGCUCCCGCCAGCGUGUGCACGCCACGGAGUUGGUGGAGCGGGCUCGCUACAUUCGCAACCAGCCCAAGAAUACCUCACCUAUUGACGCCUCAGUGCACCCGUCGUUGCUACCAGACCCGCUUCCCGCCGUCCGGAACAAGAAGUGUCUCAUCCUUGACGUUGACGAGACGCUGGUGCACAGCUCCUACCAAAGCACAGGACGGUACGACGUGCACCUCCCUAUCACCCUUGAUCAUGACACUCAUGUGAACGUCUACGUCGCCUUUCGGCCACAUCUCCAUCGCUUCCUCGAGGCGGUAGCACCGCUGUUCGAGGUUGUCAUCUUCACGGCCUCUCUCAGCACGUAUUGCGAUCCGCUCAUCGACUCGAUCGAUAAGCAGCGCAUUCUUGGCGGCCUUCGACUCUUCCGUGAGCAUUGCAGCGUGGUCGGCACAACCUACGUGAAAGACCUCUCGCUGUUAGGCCGAAAUCUAGAGCAGGUGGCGAUCAUCGACAACAGCCCCAUCGCCUACCUCUUCCAGCAGCGUAACGCCAUCCCCAUCACGUCGUGGUUCGACGAUUCACACGACGAGGAGCUGCUACGCUUGAUCCCCGUGCUGGAGGCUCUGGCGGAGGCGGACACCGUGUACGAUGUGCUAGACAACUACAACGCACUCCUGCAACUUCAGCAGCACCACGAGAACAACAGAGAGAAGCAGUGA